ACUGACACUUCUGCUUUCUGUGGGCAAAUUUGUGCAAUGCCCUGUAUGCCUUUUAGACAAGCAGUCUAGAAUCCAGCAGAGGUUCCUCAAGAGAGACAGACUAAACUUUUUCUGCGUCUGAUAGUGUGAUUGCUAUUUGGGGCUCUUAAAAUGUCCAUUCAUUGAAAUCUACCCCUCUAGUCCCAGCUGGUCACUUCUCCUAGUUCAUCUGUCUGUGCCUUUUGGGAGCUGUACUUGAGGUUUCUUUCUGAGUGGAUUAAGUGGCAAGAAACUUUCCUGAAGCAUGGAGCACUUACAAGCGAGCACGAGGUCUCUUCUCGAAGCUGGGUCAAGAGUCUGGAGCUAUUGCCAAGGCAAUCUGUUUCCAAAGAUACAAGAAGUCAUGUUAGAUGCAUGGUCUGCCUACUCAAAGCCGGUGCCUUCAAGCUGCAGUGAGCUCCUGACUUUAUUUCUUCAGUGCUGGUGCAUUGCUGUGCUGACAGGUGGCCUCCUCUAUAACUGGAUGUUCUCCUCGCUAGAGUAUCCAUUUCACCUCUCCUCUGCAAUUGCUGUUUCCUUCAGUCUGCUACUUCUACUGAUCCUCUUCUUGGUGCAUCCCGUCCGCUGCAUGUUCACCAUAAUCAUACCUACGCUGGGCACUAAACAAGGCCGGAGGCUGCUCUUGUCCACCUGCUUCAUGAUUGUGGCAGUUAAUACCAUACCAAACAUCAUGGACAACAUUAAAACCAUACUGCAGGUUAUUAAAUGCAUUUGCAAGAAUUACUCAGAAAGCCUUUUGACCUCAACAAUCCUAUUGGGAAAAGCUUCCACGCAGUUUGGUCACCAAGUCAAAGAAGUCACUGACAAAAUGGCAGAUAACUUUCUGAUGCCCAGGAAUGGACAUUUUCAGUAUGCUGUGGAUCACAGUAGUUCCUGGGUGAGGGAGCAAAUGCUCAUUGCUAAUCAGAAGAUCAAGGAUGAUUUCUCUGCUGUCGAAUUGCUGGUCAAACAGGCAUUGCUGGUAGCCAACAGGGCGGCUGCUGGCUUCUUCCUGUUCUAUCUCCUUUUUGAGUCCGCUUGGUAUUUGAAAAGCUAUCUCACCAACCUCCGAUUUGACAACAUUUACAUCACCAAAAAGCUGAAGGGCUUGGCUAUGGACAAGAAAGCAGCCCAUCUGCUGACCAGCUCACCGAAAAACCUGAUCAGAUCCACAGGCCUGAAGCUGUCCCGGGAGGAAAUGAUGCUGUGCCUGGUGCGCAUGAUGCUCCCCUCUUUGGUCCUGAUGGUGACAGCGGUGAUCAUAGCAACCGACUACGUCGCCUUCCACUUGGCAGAUACAGCAAUGAAUGAGGUGGCUCAGUUUCCCACAGUGCCCAUAACGCUCAACAUUAAAUAUGAUGUCAAAAUAAACCCUCUGCCCUUUAUCGGGAAAAUUUUCAAUGGAGUCAUCUCUGGAGAACAACUCGUGAACUUUGAAAGAACUUACCAGCAGAAUCUGACCUUCAUCUCUGCUGAUUGCACAAUGAAACGGCCAAGCCCCCCAAACAAUUUUGUGGCCCUUGCUGUCGGAAUGCUCUAUUGCAUCAUCUAUGCCAUGAUAUUGCUGGAAACCUAUGCACAACGUUUGCGCCGAAAAAUCUCUGCCUCCUUCUUCGAGACACAAGAAGAGCAGAGAGUCCAGUACCUCUGCAGGGUGCUAUUAAAGAAACAAGAAGAAGGAGCAGCAACCGCUGCAGAAGCUGAGAGGGAUUUGUAAAUAUCCUGCAUGCUGGCAUUCCUGGGAUGUUAUGACAGAAGAUGACAGGGAUGCUUUAGGCGCUAUGCCAUGACAAUCUUCUUUUGGAUAGUUCAGCCUGGGUUUUGUCUUCAAAGUCAGGGGUAGCGAAUAUAUGAAAUAUGGGCACAAAAACCACAAAAAUCUCAAAAUUGGAGGGCGGAGGGUUUUGUUGCUAUAGUGUUGCAAAAGUGGCCAAGUUUUAUGGUUUUUUUUUUUUGCUCUAUUAUAAGCAAAAAACCUCAUGUUUUGUUUUAUUCUGAUGCAGAGCAAAUUUGGCCCCAAAACAUGCAAAAAGGAAAACAAUUUUGCAUAUUUUAUGCAAAAACAAAGUCACAAAAAUGUCAAGAAAAGCACAAUUUGACUCUGUCCUGGAAUUUAAUUUUGCAAAAAGAUCAUGCUGUUUUUGCCCAGCCCCAGAAUGUAUUUGUGCAGAGUUAUAGUCUGUUUCACUUGUGCAAUGUUAAAUAUUUAUACAUUUUGAGAGAGAGAAAUUGCUUAAAACUUUAUUGAUCUAUGGGGAGAAAUAUGUAACUUCCUGUCCAAUGAUUGGCAUUGGCCUGGAAUGUCCUGGAUAUUGUCUAUUCUUCACUGCGGGUGAUGUAACCCACAGCCGCUCAGUGUCUCCUCCUAGUGGUGGCUGGGCCACAUAUACAAGUUGAUGAGCCUAUUCCAGCCUCAGUUAACACAUUUAGCUCAGGCCAUGGAAGCUCACGCUUUUAGAUCCGGAGAUCCCAGAUGCAGACCUACCCAGACACUGGCCAUAACACUGACACUAAAUGAAAAUGGGGUUUCAGCAACUGACCUGCCAUUAUCAAGCACCAUAGGGUAUGUCUACACUGCAUUUUGGAGCAAGCCUCUCAGUGCAGGUUGACAGACUCUGGUUAGCGGGGCUUAUGCUAGCACUAAAAAUAGCGGUGUAGACAGCUCUUUGAAGUUGCAGCUUGGACUGGAGCUCAGGCUGUGAAGUCCCCCCCACGGCUUCAGAGCCUGAGCUCCGGCCUGAGUCACAACUUCACAGUGUUGGCUACACCACUAUUUUUAGAGUGCUCGUGCAAGCUCCUCUACCCUGAGUCAGUUGACCCAGGCUGGGAGGGAAUACACCCCUGUAUUCACACCCUCCGCACUAUUGUAAUAAUCUUUGUACAAAGUAUCACUAUAAUGAUAUUAAGACACAUUUCAAAUCUCAAGGUGUGUCUUAGACAAAGCAAUAUCUGCUCUGCUUAAUUUGCGUUUGAGCAGUAAAUGGAGUCAUCAAGCAAGACGGGAAACAAACCAACCUCAAACAGGUAAGAAAAAGCCGGCAAGGAACCUCCUUCCACACAGACUCUUUACUUCCUAGUGCCCAUCCGGAAAUGUUUUUUUUAAGAGGGAGACUGAAACUAUAAAAAGGAGGGACAAACACCCCCCAGGCACCCUCUUUCUCCACCCAUCGCUUUCACUGCACCUGAAGCGACAAAGGAAGCAUUCGUUGGACUCUGUGGGAGCGGUCCCAGCCUACAGAGUUUGAUCAGUCAGAAUGCUGAAAGCCUGUGGUGAGACAUUUUGCUUGAAUCUGAUAUAGUUUGUCAAGUUAGGUGUUAGCAAACACUCAAUCUUUAUUAACUACAAACAGAUAGAUUUUUAAGGGAGUACAAGGAAUGAGGCAAUAAAAUCAA